GCGAGCUUUCGGAGCCGCGCUCAGAGCCCAUCUCCGACCCUUAAAGCUGUGAACAUCUCUGGGCCUCAGCGUUCUUCCCCUUCCAGCGGGCCAGGCACGGGGGACGUGGGAGACGGCUCGGCCCGGAACUUGCUGUAGAGCAGCUUAGAACUUGCGAGGUCAGGUGGGAGGACAGGACCCGAGGACCUGAGGUGCAGGGCCGGGAGGCCGCUAAGGGGCAGGGGGAGGGGAGAGGUCCUGGAAGACUUUUCGGAGGAGGAGGUGCCUUAGCUUAGAAGGAAGGAGCUUCGGCAGAUGAGGGGAGGCAGAGUUCAUUUCAAACCGGAAGGCCUGGAGAAGAAAAGGCCCCGGGCAGGAAGAGCUGCCCAGUUUGGUUUCCCCUUGCUUGGCAGUGUGCUGCUGUAAUAACCGUGCCUUCAGUGGCUCGGGAAGAGGCGAGUUCGAAUCUUGAUUCACACACGUAUUUGUUGUGUCUCCUCCCCCCUCCCCGCGGGCUCUCCCUUAGCUAAAAUGUGGGGAUCAGUAGGAGUGAUCAUAUCGGGGUCCCGGGCUGGCCGAGGGCCGAUGGAGGACAGGCGAGGAGCUGCCCCCCUUCUCCAAGCCGCUGGGCUAUUUUCAGACUCGCAGCAGCGGGAGGCUCUCUUCUGUCCUUCCAGCCGCCCGGCGUUGACUCACCAGCCCCACUGGGAGCCGCUGAGCAGCAAAUAACAGCUGGAUGCCGGGGAAGGGCUAAAUUGGGCCCAUUGUCUCCGCCGCGGCCUGGGGGAAGGGGGGGGGGACUCAGGCAGCGCGGCCCGGCCAAUGGAAUCCAUCCUCCGCCGAUGUCCCAGCCCCGCCCUGCCAGGAGGUCCUCGGAGCCCACCGUGACAGUCAAGCAAUUACUGCACUCCGGGCUGCGUCCACGGGUCGAUAGCGGCGGCCUGCUCAGGCUUAGGGACGUCUGGGAUGGGGGAUGGGGGAUGGGGGGCGUGGAUCGAGGAGGAGAUGCGGGGAGGGAUAAAGAGAAGAGGAAGGGGAGCCGGAGAGACCCAGACAGACAGAGGGGAAGAAUCAGGGAAGAGUGUUUCUAAGAAGAAGAGGAAGGAGGGGCCCAUCGUGCCGCGGAAUGGUCUAGGGCAGGGGUCCAGGCUUAGCCCCUGAAAGCGGGGCAUCACGGGAGUGAGCAGAAGAAAAGCCUCCAAUAGCAGAACGGGGGGGGGGGGCUGCCCACAGAGGCCGGCCUCCACUGGACAUCCUCGCCGAUCUCCCCGGGAGGCAGCAGAGCCGUCCAUCAGGCCCUCGGGCCUCUGCUUGCCCUCUUUUUGGCUGUUUUGAACCUUGUUUCCAGAUCCUACCGCAUUGGCUGAUCCAUUCAUUGAUAGGCAUCCGUUACUUGCCUCCUCUGGUUCUGGGCUAGAAAGAAAGCCCCGCCCCCACUCUUGAGCAGCUGUUUACCCUUCCAGUGGGCCGGAGGCUGAGCCAGUGGCCAGGCCUGGAAUCCCGGAGCCUCGGCUCAGUCCUUCCCCAGACACUGUUGGCGGUGUGCCGGCCAUCUCUUGCCCAGCUUCCUUAUCGGGGGGUUGGCUCUGGCUUCUCAGGCUCCUUCCACCUUUGACGGGUCCUAUGGGCUGCUGGGCCAAUCCUCGGCGGUCCGGCUUGUCCUCAAGACAUCUGGGUGCCCCUGCUGAGCGCUCCCUCCGCCCGCCCCGCGGGCUUUGUGCUCCUCUCUAAGGGGAGACGGGCCGCCUCGGGCAGAGUUUGAACUAGAUGGCCGGAAGCGCUUUCCAGCUCAGAGAUUCAGGCAUUCUGAGACUGUCGGGCCACAAUUUGAACCUCACCAAAGCCCAGCCCAGUCCGAGGAGCUGCCGCGCCUCCUCCUCAGGGUCUGCACCCACCCUGAAGCCAUUUCCUUGCUGUUUCCUAGGAGACUCAAGAAGGCGAUGGAGUCAGAGUGUAUCUACAAUCUUCUGCAGCUCCCUGCCAACGUGGAGCCCCGCGCGGUGGAGGAAUUGGUACAAGGCCAGGUCCUUGCAAGAGAGCCCACAGCCAGAUAAAAUUCCAGCUUUUCUGGAGGGAGAGGAACCCCGCCCAAGGUCACUCCUUCACCUAUCUGAAGGGCCAUCGUGGAAAAAAGGGAGGAGACACAGAGAGACAGAGCUGGAAGCCAAUUGACAGGAGGAGAGAAGAAGAAAUAUUUACAGCCUGAUUCUCGAAAGAACCCCAAAUUCCAAGAGCUACAAAAGGUGUUGAUGGAGUGGAUCAACGGCGCCCUUUUCCGGGAACACAUAGUCGUGCAGAACCUGGAGGAAGACCUGUUUGAUGGGCUCAUCCUGCAUCAUCUCCUGCAGAAGCUCGCGGCCGUCUCGCUGGAAGUGGAAGAGAUCGCCUUGACGGCCGGCAGCCAGAAGCGGAAGGUCACUCUGGUGCUGGACGCUCUGGGCCGCUGUCUGCAGCUGGAGGAGAGCGCGGCCAAGUGGAAUGUGGAGAGCAUCUUCAAUAAGGACUUGCUGGCUACUCUCCAUCUUCUGGUGGCCAUGGCUCAGCACUUCCAACCAGACUUGGCCCUCCCUGCAGAUGUCCAAGUGGAAGUAUUAACCAUCGAGAGCACCAAGAAUGGCUUAAAGUCUGGGAAGUCUGUGGAGCAGAUCACUGGCUGCAAGGAUUCGGAUCAGCAGUCAAAAGUCGAUGUCUUUGAUGAAUUAUUUAAACUUGCCCCAGAGAAAGUGAACGCUGUCAAAGAAGCAAUCAUGGACUUUGCCAACAAGAAGAUGGAGCGUUUAGGGUUGUCUGUGAAAAAUAUCGAUACCCAGUUUGCAGAUGGAGUCAUUCUAAUUUUGUUGAUCGGACAGCUUGAAGGCUAUUUCCUGAACUUGAAGGAUUUCUUCCUGAACCCCAGUUCUCCUGCUGAAAUGCUGCAUAAUGUUAACCUGGCCAUGGACUUGCUGAAGGAAGCAGACUUGCUCAAGUACCCGGUUAACCCUGAAGACAUCAUUAAUGGAGAUCCCAAGGCCAUUAUGCGGGUACUCUACAGCUUGUUUUCCAAACACAAGGUGAAGGAGACUGCUGAGGGGACACAGACUGAAGCUGGGAGUUAGGCCUCCUUGCAUGUGGUGUUCCCUUGGAGUGGUUUCUGUUUCCUCCUUUAUGGUCUUUGCAUGCAUGUUUCAUCUGUGAAGUAAUAGGGAUCCAUGGAAGUUAAUUGAGUGAGGGGGUUGGGAUCUGGGAAUCUGCUUAUGUUUCAGCUAAGGCUUUCCAUCUCCAAUAAAAUGUGAGCUUACUUCUGAAA